UGUUACCUUAAAGCUCCGCGCGCCUGCCUACUACUCCGUAUAUAUCUAUAUACAUUAUAUACACCUCAAUCCGAUAUAUCUAUAAUAGGAGAGCCGCUCGGAGCUGCCGACCAGUAAGCCGCUCUCGCCUGCUGAUCUCGAGUCGAUCGUGUCGGUGCCGCGCGUUCUCGCGAUCGCCUUCGUUAUAUAGCACAACACAACAGUUCGGAGUCGUACUCGGACUUGAAGUACGGAGUCUCGCGCGAGCCGCAUGCAGUGCUCGGGCUGAACUGCACGCGCCAACAUCGCCGCGAGUGUGUAUGUGUGCGAGUGCCCUGUAGUACUGUUGGGCCUGUAUAAAAUAUAAAUAUAUAUGUGCAGUGUGUGCGUGUGCCCGAGCGACAAGUUUUGAUGCAAAUUUUCACACGAAACAAUAAGUCGGAAAAGAAAACGCCUCGAAUAGCCUGGACUUAGUCGCAGAUACUCAGAAUGCCUUAUUACAAUUCGCCCAGCCAUGGAAACUCACACUACAGCAAGGCAGAAAGCGGACCGGUCGCUCCGAGCCAGAGCGCCAGAUCGUCGGCUACCGAGGCGACCUACGUCAUGGAGCACUUGGCCACCUUCACCGUGACCAAGGAGACGGGCAUCGUCUAUCCGGCCGACGGCAUGCGACGCCUACUCCAGCUGGAAAAGUCAAACGGCAUCUGGAGCCAAAAGAUGCAGCUCCGACUCGAGCGCAAUUGGGUUCUCAUCAUGGACCACGAGAGUGGCGCCGUGAUGGAGCGAUUUCCAGCCGCGAUGAUCCAGGAACCCACGGCCUUCACGUCUCGCGAUCCCAUGGAGAUGUACAACAACAUCCUCGUGUUCACCGUGACGGACGAUCCUAGUCUGCCGGCGCAGCAGCAGCGCGCCGAGAUGCACAUAUUCCAGUGCCAGAGCGUCUCGGCGCAGGACCUCGUCGAGGACCUCAAGAUGCUGCAGGCCGGAAAGAUGCUGCCGGCCCCGGUUGGCUCGGCCUCGCCCACCUCGUCGGCCGGUCCUCGUGGCGCUCACAUCCCGCCCCCGCCCACGCUACCGCCGCCCGAGCCACCGCUCAACGGCAUGGGCUCCAGAGACGGCUUCGCCUCGCCCAACAGCGAGGAGCAUUCACACCACCAUCACCAUCACCCGGCUCACGGGGGCCACUCGCAGCCACCGCCGCACCAUCAUCACCAUCACAGCGAGGCCGAAAAUUCGCGCGACGAGCAGAACGACGAGGUGUCCUCGACGUCGUCGGACAAGUACGAGCGCGACGUGACGAUCCUCAAUCACUGCUUCGACGACAUCGAGAAGUUCAUAGCGCGCUUACAGCACGCCGCGGCGGCGUCGCGCGAGCUCGAGCGACGCAGACGCAAUCGCAAAUCGAAGAAGCGCAAUCCCGGCGACGGCAUGCUGACGAUGCGCGCCAAGCCCCCGCCGGAGCUCGAGUUCGUCGACAUCUUCCAGAAGUUCAAGCUCUCCUUCAAUCUGCUGGCCAAGCUCAAGUCGCACAUACACGACCCGAACGCGCCCGAGCUCGUGCACUUCCUGUUCACGCCGCUGGCCCUGAUCGUCGACGCGACCAACGACACGAGCUACGAGCCCAAUCUGCCGGCCAAGGUCGUGUCGCCCCUGCUGACGCGCGAGGCCGUCAAUCUGCUCAUGAACUGCGUCACGAGCAAGGAGACCGAGCUCUGGCACGCCCUCGGCGACGCCUGGUUGGUGCCCCGCGAACAGUGGAAGGCCCACGUGCCGCCCUAUCACCCGGUCUUCAUGGACGGCUGGUCGCCCAACUACCCCAUUCCCGACGAUCGCGAGCCCAUGGCCAUCCACAACGAGCAUCUCGCCUCCCUGCUCAAUGCCGACAAGAGGAAGAGAGACAACGACAUCAACGAUCAUCCCUCGGACCCCUACUACAACCAAACUUUCAGCAGAGAAGUCGACGAGUCUCACUACGGCAGCGACUACUUGGAUUACGAUAGUCGCGAGGAUCGGGCGAAUCCGGACGCGUACUUCGAACGCGGCUACGAUCACCAUCAUCAUCGCGGCGAUCUGUACUCCCGCGACGCCGGUGUCGAUCGGGAGCAGGAGAGACGCGCCCACAGCGACAUAUCGGUGGACUCGAUCGAGCGCGGACCGAGGACCGCCGGCUCCUCCGUCAACCCCAACAACAACAGUCACGGCUCGCAGGUCGACGCUUGGUUGGACGAGCUGAUGGCUCGCAGAGCCAAAAUCGUCCAAGUUACCUAUCCGCGCACGGCCAACAACGACAAGGAGCUGACGGUCGUUCGCGGCGAGUAUCUGGAGAUCCUCGACGACACGCGCAAAUGGUGGAAGGCUCGCAACUCGCGAGGUCAGGUGGCCCACGUGCCCCACACCAUCGUCACGCCCCACCAUGGCAAUCCGCAGGCCGCCUCGCCCGACGGCAGCGACCACUUCAACAGUCCCGUCUACCCGUCCAGAUAUCCCAGGCAAUCGUCUCAUGGCUAUAACUAUGAGGUGGGCAGUCGAGAGGGCGAUUUUGUCAAAGAUAUGCUAAAUGCUUUGGAUCCGCAGGAUUCCGAGAUGGAUGGUGCCAAUACUAGUCCAGGAUCGGAGCCGCCGCAUCGGGCUCACGCGAUACCGCCUCCAGCUCCGGCUGACUGGGUACGCAAGGAACGACUUGGCAAGAAAGAAGAUAAGUUUGAAGAAUUGGACAGCGAAAUAGAUAAUAGCAAGGAUGACGUUAGUUCCACCAAGUCGUACAAGAGUGAUAGCAAUUCAGCAGUGACAUUCAAAAGUUCCGAGUAUUCGACUUCUUCUGGGAUUAGGACUCUGGAUAGGCGUGUACCCCUGGAGGAUGAUACGUCAGAUCAAAUUUCACUAUUAUUUGCCAGUGCUUUAAGUAACAAUUCACCACCACCAACACCACCGCCACUUCCGAGUCUUGAUGACUUUAAUAGAUCAUUGUCGAGGCUGUCACUCCGCAGUUUUGGUUCUUCCAAAGAGUCAAAUGAAGAUAAAUAUAAACGAGAACUAGUUCACAAUGAGCUAAAAGGUGUUUUGUCUAAGAUAAAUGGAAGUAAAAAUUCGCCCAAUGAUAUUAGAAUUGAAAUAGGGAAGCCAUUGCCUUAUGAAAUUCAAACUUGGGAUGACAAAAGGAACGGUUACGGCUGGAGAGCCGAUUUAUAAUAAAUAAUAUAUCUUGAUUUUAUUCUGGCUGGUGACAACCAGUGAAGUACAUAUGAUGUAAUUGAUUUGUUUGGAGUAGUCGUUAUUAUUUGUUAUAAUAAAUUACAAUGCAAUAUUAUUCAUCCAUUCAAAUACAAAGGUUUAACUUA